CUUUACUAGCAGCUUGAAAACGUAAACAGGUUGGGAAUACACUAGUUGUAAGAGAAUGGAAGGAGACAUCAACCAGAAGCUGCUAACAGAAGAAGAGAAGACUGAAGUUGGAGAAGUGAAACUGAAGGAAAAGAUAUGGAUAGAGACAAAGAAGCUGUGGGUUGUUGCUGGUCCUGCAAUUUUCACCAGGUUUUCUACCUUUGGCGUUACUGUAAUCAGUCAAGCUUUUGUUGGUCACAUUGGUGUUACUGAGCUUGCCGCUUAUUCCCUUUGUUUCACUGUCCUUUUGAGGUUCGGCAAUGGUGUUCUGCUGGGUAUGGCCAGUGCAUUGGAAACUCUGUGUGGUCAAGCAUUUGGAGCAAAACAAUAUCAUAUGCUCGGGAUUUACCUUCAAAGAUCAUGGCUAGUUUUGUUUAUGACUGCAUGCUGUCUUCUUCCUUUAUAUAUCUUCGCUGGCCCGCUUCUGAGAGCUUUAGGCCAGGAUGAAAAAAUAGCACAUGUGGCAGGAUAUAUUGGUCAAUGGUUUGUUUUCAUUGUGUUUUCUUUCAUCAUAUCCUUCACCUGCCAAAUGUUCCUGCAAGCACAGAGCAAGAAUAUGAUUAUUGCAUACUUGGCAGCAUUCUCUAUUGGAAUCCAUAUCUUUCUUUCUUGGCUUUUGACGAUGAAAUUAAACUUCGGGCUUGCAGGAGCAUUGUCAUCCACGAUUUUGGCCUAUUGGUUACCAAAUAUAGGUCAGAUUUUGUUUGUUACAUGUGGAGGGUGUAAGGACACAUGGAAGGGUUUCUCAACGUUAGCUUUCAGGGAUCUCUGGCCAGUGGUAAAGCUAUCUUUGUCAUCUGGUGCUAUGCUCUGUGUUGAGCUGUGGUACAACACAAUCUUGGUUCUUCUAACUGGAAACUUGAAAAAUGCUCAGGUUGCAAUUGAUGCUCUUGCCAUCUGCCUGAACAUUAAUGGAUGGGAAAUGAUGAUAUCACUUGGUUUCUUGGCUGCAGCAAGUGUUAGGGUGUCAAAUGAGCUUGGAAGAGGAAGCUCCGCAGCUGCCAAAUUUUCAAUCAUGUCGACAACUCUUACAUCACUUUCCUUUGGAAUUGUGCUGUUUGUGCUAUUUUUGUGCCUUAGAGGACGUUUAGCAUACAUAUUUACCGAAAGUGAAGAGGUGGUAAAUGCAGUUGCUGAUUUAUCUCCACUAUUGGCUUGCUCCAUACUUCUAAACAGUGUUCAACCUGUGCUUUCUGGAGUUGCUGUUGGUGCUGGAUGGCAGAGCAUCGUAGCGUGGGUUAAUAUAGCUUCCUACUAUCUAAUUGGCAUUCCGAUUGGUGUUGUGCUCGGAUACGUGUUCGACAUGGAAGUCAAGGGUGUUUGGAUUGGCAUGUUGCUAGGAACACUCGUUCAGACUAUUGUACUUGUUAUUAUCACCUGGAAAACUGACUGGGAUAAACAGGUGGUCUUAGCUCGAACACGUGUUAACAAGUGGUUUGUACCAGAAUCCAGGGAGGAAAACAGCAACACUGAAAAUGGUGCCUGAGGGGCAAGCUUCUCUUUUUCCUAGUGGAUUUGGAUUUUUGUUGCUAUCAUUUCUUGAAGCCAAUGGCUUAUUCACUUGUAAGAAAUUUGAUCAACUAUUUUUGGAAUUCCUUUGGUGUCAACUAUGCAUACCAAAUGAAAUAGCUGUAGUUUUCCCCUGCAUAUUAACAUCUUGGGCUCUUGGUAUUAAUUACAUGUUACUGCUUUAUGUAUUCUGCAAUGUCCAUAGGGUAGAUUGAAAGUGCCAAUCAGUUGUGGAAAUGCAAAAAAACUUUUAGCUUCUUUUGCAAUCAUAUUUUAUGAGUCCAAAGCUUCCAAAUAUUAGUUGGUUAUCUUUGAGAAAGGUGAUCAGUUAUGCUGAAGCAAGAGCAACAGAGAAACUGGAAAUGUGUUUAGUGAGAGUUAGUGAUUUCUUGUGAAACACAAUAUGUUAUCAAGAUAACCCAAAAAAGCAUUUGUAUUUUUACCAAAUGAAGAAUGCUUGAAACUGCAAAUUGACUCAUUUAUUGAUUA